AUGGCCGCCGGUCUGUCCGGCGCCGCGAUGACCGGCUUCGUCGCCAAGAACCCGCUGCUCGCGGCCGCGGCGCGCCGCAGGGCGCCUCCCCUCGCCGGGCGCGCCCUGCCGUUCUCGCCGCUCACCACCACCACCACCAGGGCCGCGCGCCGCCGCGGGCUCGGGACCGUCACGUGCUUCGUGCCGCAGGAGACGGAGCACCCGACGGCCCCGGCUGCUCCCGUGCCGGUGCCGGUGUCGGAGACGGCGCUGGACGAGGAGGCCAGGGCCGCGGCGGCGCGGCGCAUCGCGGAGAAGAAGGCGCGGAAGCGGUCCGAGCGGCGGACGUACCUGGUGGCCGCCGUGAUGUCCAGCCUCGGGGUCACGUCCAUGGCCGUCGCUGCCGUGUACUAUCGCUUCAGCUGGCAAAUGGAGGGCGGCGAGGUGCCGAUGAGCGAGAUGUUGGGCACGUUUGCGCUCUCCGUCGGCGCGGCGGUCGGGAUGGAGUUCUGGGCGCGGUGGGCGCACCGGGCGCUGUGGCAUGCCUCCCUGUGGCACAUGCACGAGUCGCACCACCGGCCGCGCGAGGGCCCCUUCGAGCUCAACGACGUGUUCGCCAUCAUCAACGCCGUGCCGGCCAUCUCCCUCCUCGCCUACGGCUUCUUCCACCGUGGCCUCGUGCCCGGCCUAUGCUUCGGCGCGGGCCUCGGGAUUACGCUGUUCGGCAUGGCCUACAUGUUCGUCCACGACGGCCUGGUCCACCGCCGCUUCCCGGUCGGACCCAUCGCCAACGUGCCCUACUUCCGCCGAGUGGCUGCCGCUCACAAGAUACACCACAUGGACAAGUUCGAGGGCGUCCCGUAUGGGCUCUUCCUGGGACCAAAGGAGCUGGAGAAGGUUGGUGGCCUGGACGAGCUGGAAAAAGAGCUCGCGCGAAUCGGCCGGACCAUCUGA